AUGACUCACCAGUGCAAGCUGCCUGCCACGGCCCCACCCAGCUGUGUGAAGGGAGUUGCGGUCUGCGCUGCCCCUCAGGCCACCAAAGGGGUCGCGGUGUGUGGGGCAGCCCCGUCGCCUUGCUCUGCCUGUGCUGCUACACCUGUCACAGUGUGUGGGAUACCACAACAGACCGCCUGUGGGGCCAAGACCAUUUCCGUGUGUGGGAUACCGCAGCAGACCUCCUGUGGGGCCAAGACCAUUUCCGUGUGUGGGAUACCGCAGCAGACCUCCUGUGGGGCCAAGACCAUUUCUGUGUGUGGGGUACCACAGCAGACUGCCUGUGGGGCACCAACACUGACUGUGUGCGGCCUGCCACAGCAGACCACCUGCGGUGCGUCAACACUCACAGUGUGCGGCCUGCCACAGCAGACCACCUGUUGCGGUGCGCCGGCGCUGACUGUGUGCGGCCUGCCACAGCAGACCACCUGCGGGGCACAGGCCACGUUGGUCCCAAGCUGUGUCUCAUCUCCCUUGGUGAUCUCCUCAGGAUGUGGAUGUGGCGGGGUUCCCUUGAGCAGCUGUGUACCGGUGACACUGAAUCUGGUGCAGCCCACUUGCGUCGCUGCCGCGCCCUGUACCAGUACCAGCUGCUGUGCCGCCCCUGGAUGUGUGUAG